UGCAGGCAUAGAAACUUAGAUAGUUCGUGUUUUCAUUCCUUAAUUUCUGCGUCUAGAAAUGCAUGCAGAAAGACUAAUCACGCCUCAAGCAAGAGCUGCGAUUUUAGGCCUACCCCUUCUUCAUGGAACAGCAGCAGAAGUUUCACAAUGCCUCCUCAUCUGAACUCAAGGAAUGCCAGCCGCAGGAGCAGCAAUCCAAUCAUGUAUUCUAAUUCAUCUGGGAUGGUAAAACCCCCACCAAUUGAGAAAAAGAUUGAAUGCACUCUGGAAGAUUUGUGCUAUGGAUGCAAGAAAAAGAUCAUGAUCACAAGGGAUGUCCUCACAGAUACAGGGGGAAUAGUUCAAGAGGAAGAAUUGGUGACGAUAAAUGUACAACCUGGAUGGAAGAAAGGAACAAAGAUUACAUUUGAAGGAAAAGGGAAUGAGAGACCAGGUGCCUACAGAGAAGAUAUAAUAUGUAUCAUCUCAGAGAAAAGACACGAGUUAUUUAGAAGAGAAGGGGAUGAUUUGGAAUUGAGUGUAGAAAUUUCCUUAGUAAAGGCACUCACAGGCUGUACAAUAUUAGUCCCACUGUUGGGUGGAGAGCACAUGACUUUGACACUUGACAAUAUCAUACACCCUGGCUAUGAGAAGAUCAUUUUUGGCCAAGGUAUGCCAAUCUCCAGUGAACCAGGGAUGAGAGGAAACUUGAAAAUUACGUUUCUAGUUGAGUUUCCAACACAACUCUCAUACAAUCAAAGAUCAGAGGUUGUUCGUAUUUUACAGGAUUCUUCAUGA